GAAAAAGGCAUUUCACCAUCCCACUCCUCAUUUCAUCAGCUAUGAGCUCCAAGGAAGUUCCAUCGUUUCUGGUACCAUCGGAGAAAGACACCAUUACCAGCAUUGCUAGGACACCUAACCAAAGGCUGGCGUCAAGACUAUGCUAAUGACCUCCAGGUCUCAUGUUUCUUGUUGCCUGGUGACAGAGUUUCACAGUUGAGGCGGAGAAGCUGGGACUAGCAGGGAUGGGGACAACCUCCAUCUGCAACUGUCCCAGGCAGAUCUGGAUCCAAUAAACCAUCAUCGUCACCACCUUGUCCCCUCCCGCAUUCAGAGACGGGGUUUCAUCAUGCUGACCAGGAUGGUCUCGAUCUCUUGACCUCGUGAUCCACCCGCCUCAGCCUCCCAAAGUGCUGGGACUACAGGCUUGAGCCACCGCGCCUGGCCGAUCCUGCAAUUUUAUUUAUUAAAUCUAGAAAACCUACCAUGGGGAGAAGCCACUGAUAAACAUCUCAGCAGUUUCUCAUGAUUUUUCCUCACACUGAUCACUAUCCAAUCAGAACAACGAACUUCUAUCACCCACUUACUAAAACAACAUGGCUAAGGGUGGGAAAGGCCCCAAGGGCAAGAAGAUUACCCUCAAGGUGGCCAAGAAUUGCAUCAAAAUCACUUUUGAUGGGAGAAAGCGCCUUGACUUGAGCAAGAUGGGAAUUACCACCUUCCCCAAGUGCAUCCUGCGCCUCAAUGACGUGGACGAGCUGGACCUUAGCCGGAAUCUGAUCAGGAAGAUCCCUGACUCCAUUUCCAAGUUCCAGAAUCUUCGGUGGCUGGACCUGCACAGCAACUACAUCGACAGGCUGCCUGAGUCCAUCGGCCAGAUGACCAGCCUGCUGUACCUCAAUGUCAGCAACAACCGGCUGACCAGCAACGGGCUGCCUGUGGAGCUGAACCGACUCAAGAACAUCCGCACUGUGAACCUAGGCUUGAACCACCUGGACAGCGUGCCCACCACGCUGGGGGCCCUGAAGGAGCUCCACGAGGUAGGGCUCCAUGACAAUCUGCUGAACACCAUCCCCAUGAGCAUCUCCAAGCUCCCCAAGCUGAAAAAGCUCAACACAAAGCGGAACCUCUUUCCAAAGCCAGACGAGAAGGAAAUGUUCAUAGACUCCAUCAGGAGGCUGGAGAACUUGUAUCUGGUGGAGGAGAAGGAUCUGUGUGCGGCAUGCCUGAGAAAAUGCCAAACUGCCCGAGACAAGCUGAAUAGAAUCAAGACCAUGGCCACGACAACGCCGAGAAAGGCCAUCUUUUCCAACCUGAUCUUACCCAAUUCCAUGGCCAAGGAGUCCCAGGAAGACUGGAGGUGACUGGGACCCUGACCCUAAGGCAGGAGGGGAAAAGAGAUGGAGGGAAGGGGGCAAUGGGCUGCAUCCACAGGAAACCAAGGCUCCCCUGUGACUGCAACAGCUCUUCCAGCCAAGCCCAUAAAGCUCCUUUCCCUAC